UCUGUUGAAUGAUUGGAUGAAAAAAAUUAAAGUCUUCGUUUGAAAUUCGAGUGGUUGUGGUUAGGCUGCAAACGGUAGAAGAGUUAGGGUUCUUGGAUAUCAAGAUUUUACCAAAGAAAGCUAUGCACUAGUUGGUCUGCAUAAAUUUGUUUUUGUACUUUAAAAUGUGAAAAAAAGCUCUUCUAGUAUAAUGGAAAAUAAAGAAAAUCAGCCAGAAAACAAUGUUACAGAUGGUGUGGAGUUGGAUGACAGCCUGACUAACAUAAACUGGCUGGGCCGCUUCUCCUCUUGCGGAAUUACUUCCAAGCGGAAAACUGCUGCAACAUCAAAAAAUAAAACUGUAAAGCCACCGAGAUCCCCGGCAGUAAAACGUCCUCCAUAUUCUUAUUCUGACUUGAUAAAAUUGGCUAUCAGUAGCACCCCAGACAGACGCCUUCCACUUCAACAAAUAUAUUCUUGGGUAGAAGAGCAUUUCCCAUAUUACAAAUAUUAUGCUAAUCCAGGAUGGAAGAACUCUAUCAGGCAUAGUUUGUCUGUCCAAGAUAUCUUUGUGCGGCAUAUUGAGGGCAGUAGAAGAAAUGCAUUUUGGGCCAUUAAAUCCACCUCUGAGGAUAAGCGCUCCUGUUUUCAAGAGAAAGAUCAUUUAAGUGAAGCAGCCAGUGGUCAGAUUGGCUAUGUUUCUGCACUACCAGUGAUGAUAAAUAUGAAUGCUGGGGGAUCUUCUGCUCCUGCUCAGAAUAAAGUGAGUGGUUUGAAGAAAGUGCAGCCCUUGCUUCCUCGUGGAAUUGCUCCACGACUGAUCCCUGUUCCUAUUUUUGUAAAUCCUUCAGCUAUCUGUACAUCAUCUUUGUCAUUUACUACUUCACAGAGUGAUCACUCAAGCAAAGUUAAAAGAAACAUUGCUCCUAAGCCAGCAAUUUCACUUAACGUUCCUAUGGUUGAUUCUUCUGUUGAAUGUCAUAAAAAUAAACCUACAGAAAGAGUCCAGUCAGGUCCAGAAAGUAUUAUCACCAAGCGAUGGAAAAAAGAUUCUGGUGAUGUACCACGUAAGAAACGCAAAGAGAAACACCAGACAUUGAAAGAACCAGAAUAUCAUUUACAUGAAGACAUUUUUAUAUCUAAUGAAUCUGAGCAACAGUUUGUUAAAGAGCAGACACUCACCCUAAAGACAAGUGAAGAAGCAUUUAACCUAUCUCCUUUUAAAACCCCUACCAAAAACAAGUUAAAUGGUGUAGUCACAUCAACUCCUUGUCGAGAAUCUGAGUGGUUGAAUGGCAGUGUGUUCAUUAAUUCAUUGAAGAGUGCCACGACUCCUCCAGAAUCUGAAGACAGCUUACUUGACAGCAGUUUGUUUAAAUCACCUAACAGUAACAGUUUGGGAUAUACAAGCCUCGGACUUGCAACUUUUGGAAACAGUGUGAGAACCAACUCUGGAUAUGAACAAUCGGAGAAAGAUUUGCCAGAAUUUAGUCUUUUAAGCUUCACGCCAGUGAAAAAACAGAUGCAUUCUGAAAGAUCGAGAAUAAUUACACAGAAUGACAGCCUAACAAAAGUUUUUGAAGACUUUACACUCCCAGAAAUUGAAGAGGGAACUAACUUAGCUAACAUUAGCUGGUCUGCUUUUUCAUCAGAAGCUAACUGAUGUGUGGGAUUCACUGCUUGAAAAAUGAAAACCAUUAUUGGUAAAGUGAGUUACUGGUAGAAACUGAACUGGUAUAUUCUACAGAUAGAUAUGACAGUGUGGUAAGUAAUACAAGUAAGCGGUCCUUGGACUACACAUGCUGCAUUCAGAAUGGAUUCCACCUCUUCACUUUCUUCACAUUUUAUUGUGUUGUAGGUUUAAUUUUAGAUGGAUACAUUUUCUAGCUUUACCCAUCAAUCUUUACUAAAUAACACUAUUAUGAUGAUCAUUUCAAUUUUGGAUUUUUUUAAAUUGAAUUUGCGGAUAUUUCUAAAAAUAUGUUUUUCACAUUAAUGGGUUAUUGAGUGUAGAAUGAUGGGCAAACAUGGCAAAUGUAUCAAUUUAAAACUAAACCCGCAACACAAAGUGUGCAGAAAGUGAAGGGGAUGAAAUACUUUCUGAAUCCACUAAAUAGAAAUAAAUACGUGAGCAUCAUAGCAAAUGUCAGAGUCAACGGUGUUCUUCUCACCACAAUUUUUUUAAUGGAAACUAAAGAAAUACAGAUAAAAGGGAACAAGGUUUAUAUUUUGUGUUCAGCAUCUGCAUAUCCAUUUAAAACAGGGAGUAUCAUUAAACAACAUUACUGAAGAAAUGGUUCACGUUUAUUCUACAUGUCAGCGUAGAUAUCAGCCUCAAACCAUUGCAUCCUUUUUCUAUUUUUUCACUAGUUUUUCAUUCUCAGUUUUCAGUGAUUCUGUAAAAGGGUAACAGCUGUCUUGUGGUAAGGAGUGAUAAUUGCACUUAAAUAUGCUUUCAGUGGAGGCAUGGGUAUGAAACCUCAAGGAAAUGUGUGAGCUAGAGAGAAAAAGAAUUCAAUUAUACAUCCAAAUGUACGUUGGGCAGUUUGACUGGAUGAGGCUGAUCAGCUGUGGUCCAGCAAAGGUCGAGACUUUGCUUUGUUCUGUUACUACAACAGCUAGCCCAGAGUAAUUAGCCAGAUUGUUUUUGUCAUAAACUUUUGAUAAUAUUGAAAUGCAAAUGAGCAUGGUGUUAGUGUUAGGCUGUUAAUCUGCAAAGGAAAC